UCAGCGCUUAAUCAUGGCAGCCACCAUGGAGCAAGCUACCGGCAUUAGUAAAAUGCUUCAGUUCAUGAAACUUAUCGGACAACUGAAAAGAGUACCACGGACCGGCUGGGUCUACAGGAAGGUGAAGAAACCUGAGAGUGUGUCAGAUCACAUGUACCGCAUGGCCAUGAUGUCUCUGACCAUCACAGACCCCACAGUAGACAAAGACAGGUGUAUAAAGCUGGCUCUUGUCCAUGACAUGGCAGAGUGCAUUGUGGGAGAUAUUGCUCCAUCAGACAACAUCAGUAAAGCAGAGAAACACAGGAGAGAGGAAGAAGCAAUGAGACAUCUCUCAAGUCUUUUGCAAGAUGGACUCAAACAGGAGAUUUAUGCACUGUGGGAGGAAUAUGAAUCUCAGAGUAGUCCAGAAGCCAGGCUGGUCAAACAGUUUGACCUCCUGGAGAUGAUCCUGCAGGCUCACGAGUAUGAAGAGCUGGAGGGAACACCUGGAAGACUUCAGGAGUUCUUCGACUCCACCACCGGUCGGUUCCUCCAUCCAGACGUGGUCCAGCUUGUCAGCUCUUUGAAUGAAGAAAGAGGAAGGCACAUGACCAGUGCCGAUAGCACAAAGAAGUCUGGGGAAUCACAGACUGAUGGUUCAGCAACUUCCUGACUGUGCCUGACAAACCCCUUUAGUUAGCUGAUAAGCUUCUGGACUGAAACACGAGAUCUGUGCAAACUAAUACACCAGCAGAAACUGGAAAACUGCUUCAUCCUCUUAACAUUUUUAAAUGAUUAAGAUUCUGUAAACAUUAUAAUAGACAUAGUUUCUGUUUCAAAGUGCACAGGAUCAAAAUUUAUGGUUGACAUAUUGAUGCAAAGUUGAAAUUUUAACUGGGAAAUUCCUCCCAAAAAGUGCAGCUAAUUAUUAUUAUAUGACUAUGGUAGACACGGUUGGGGAAUUUAAUAAUAUAAGGAGUCAAAAUAUGAAUAAAUGCUGAAAUAUCAGUAUAAAUUAUCUGAAAGCUUGAACACAAACGAUUCAAUCUAAGCAAGUUGCUGUCUGUAAAUCAUUUCAGAGUUUUUUUAAUCCAGUUUACAGCUGUUGGCUACACAUUAUAGUAUAAAGUAACAGCAUAUUCAGAAACUCACUGUACUACUGAUACAAUUAUACCUUGUAAGUAUGUUGUGUAUAACUUUAGUUUCACCCUAAAGCAUUUUGCCUUAGUUUUUCAGUACAUUUAGUCAAAUUUUUUAGUGUAAUGUAAACAAGAGAGUCAUGUUAUAUUUAGUUUGGUUAAACAAUCUUUAAUUUUUUUUACAGCAGUCAUAAAAAUGGUCAUUAAGUAGGUGAAUACAGAUUGAGUAUAUCAAAUACGUUGUUUUGCUUUACUUGAAUGUUGCAAAUAUGUUUUUUGCUUUAAGCAUCAAAGUGUGAAAAAUGUCCUCUGAAUCAUUUUCAGGGACAAAAUGUUUCAUCUCAAUAUUUCCGUUUUUGGAUAAAUGGUUAUUUCCAACCUUGAAAAAUCAAUGCAACUUUUAUUAAAAACAUUUCAAACUGGCAUCUUUUCAUCUGUUCAGCACAUGAAAUAAAACAUGAAGAGACUAUGAGAUACAGAUGAUAUGCUAAAGACUUAAUGUUACUUUGAUGGAGAAGUUACGAGGAGGAUGCACAGACCAAACUUAAUAAAACAAAAAAAAUGUACUGUGAGGUUUUCAUAAAUAAAAGUGACUUCAUGCAGUUUUAUAGUAUUAAAAUGAUUCACAUUGCAGCAGGAUGAGUUAAAAAAAAAUCAAGCCGAGGAUUGGUUGGCAUAUAAAGUGUGUUCAUAUAUAAAUGCCUUCUCAUUACAUUUAAUACAGGGUUCUAAUGCUUCAUGGAGAACAGUUCAUUCUACCAUGUGGUUAAA